AAAGCGCGGCGCCAUAUUGCGUGCUUGUGUUUGGUUACUGUUCUGGCGCGUGGUCAAGGAUUGUUAUAUUUAAUUAAUUACCAUGUCCGACAAUCAGGAGCAAAAACCCGAAGCCGGCCCAGGCGACGCGAAUUCUGAAUACAUCAAGCUUAAAGUUGUUGGAAAUGACAGCAAUGAAAUUCACUUUAGGGUAAAGAUGACCACUCAAAUGGGUAAACUCAAGAAAUCAUAUAGCGAUCGUGUGGGUGUUCCUAUGACGUCACUGAGGUUUUUGUUUGAUGGUAAAAGAAUUAAUGACGAUGAAACACCAAAGCAGUUGGAGAUGGAAAAUGAUGAUGUUAUUGAAGUAUAUCAAGAACAAACAGGUGGUCACUACUGAAGAAGUUAAAUCUAUUCAGUUUUAAUAUCUUUUAAAGUGAAAGUGACUAUCAUAAUGAAAUGGACAAGUUUAUCAGUAUAUAUAUGUAUGUUAAAAAAACAUUAUGUAAUUUGGUUUUUUAUGUAACAUUUUGAUGUGCUGUUCUACAUUCCUGUAACGUGGCAAGUUUAAGGACCAUCAACAGUCAGUUUCAUACAAUAUGUUCAUCCAGAAAAGACAAAAAAAGAAAAAAAAGAAAAAAAAACAAAAACAAAAAGAAA